UACAGUAGAUCGGGGACAUUCAGAAGAAGCUGUGUAGGUUACCUGGUUGGGUUUUAUAAAUUUAUUGACAUUUUGGAAAUCGAGGAGGAUAAGAAGUUUUAUACCGAGAUGUUCAACAGAAUGACUAGCCUGUGGAUGGGUGACUUGGACCCGUACAUGGAUGAGAACUUUAUAAAGCAGGCCUUCAACUCGAUGGGGGAGACAGCAUUAGGCGUUAAAAUCAUAUGCCACAGAGUAACUGGUGGCUCUGCAGGAUACUGCUUUGUGGAGCUAGCAGAUGAAGCCAGUGUUGACCGCUGUGUGCUUAGGCUCAAUGGAAAGCUAGUCCCGGGUUCGAAUCCACCCAGGAAAUUUAAGCUAAACUAUGCUACACAUGGGAAGAGGGCAGAAGCCGGACCGGAAUACUCCAUCUUCGUUGGAGACCUGACUCCAGAAGUGGACGACUUUCAGCUUCAUCAGUUCUUUGCAAAGAAGUAUGAUUCGUGCAAAGCGGGCAAAGUGGUCACAGACCCGUAUGGGAACUCCAGAGGCUACGGCUUUGUGAAGUUUGGUGACGAGAAUGAGCAAAAGAAAGCCCUGGAGGAGUUCCAGAACGCCACAGGCCUGGGAGGAAAGCCAAUCAGAAUUAGCAUUGCUGUCAACAAAGGAAACAAGACGAAUAAUUACCACCAAAAUCACAGCUACAAUAAUUAUCACCAAAACCACAACUACAGCAACUACCAACAAGACUACUACCAGCAGCCAUACCAAAGCUACUACCCGCAGUGGGGCUAUGACCAGUACAGCGGUUAUAACUACGGGUAUGGUUCUUACGGCCCGCCCCCUCCGGUGCCAGGGAUGAUGGGACCCCCUCCGCCCCUCAACAUACCCCCCAUGUCCGCAGACGUGCACCCCCCGACAGAGCAAACAUCGGAGUCUCUUGAGGAUUCUGCUGAAGACACUGUGGAAGACCCUAACCCCCAGACGGAUGUGGACGCACUGAACAAGCAGUACAUGGAGCGCAGCGAAGAGCUCUACGACUCGCUCAUGGACUGCCACUGGCAGCCGCUGGACAGCGUCACCUCUGCCAUCCCAGCCCUGACCAAUGGCUGACUGCCCCCUCCGUCACCGCCGAUCCCAGUGGCCAACUGCCACAAAGAACAGGCCUUUUAACAAGGACUCAGAAUCACUUCUGAGACUUUCUUUUUCAGCUAGCAUUCAAAUAGCAUGAUAAGCAGUUUUCACCAUUGAAUUCCUGCAACUGGUUUCUGUUUUUUUCUCAUGAAUCACACUGUCUCACUGUGCAUCCAUUUUCGUUAAGAGUAACUGGCCUUGUCUGAUCAGUGGUUCUUUUCUCAAUAAGUUGUUAUGGGUUUGCUAGCCAGCAAAAGGUUGUGUAUGGGGAAUGAGAGUACAUUACUUUAUGCUACACAUCUGUAUGUGAAGGCUGCUGUGAAGGCGCAGUUUCUAGCACUGGUGUCUGAAAAUAUUUUCACUCUCAUGUAUGAACCCACACUGAAAAUGCUCAGCUACCCUAAAGCUUCUUUGUUUUUGGGGUGUAAUUCAGAAAGCACUCUUAAUGACCAUCCCUCAACACUACUUUAAGGGUAAUGUCUCCAAAACAGCGAAGGAGUUACAUAAAUUUUAAUGUGUUACAUAAACUUGGACUGGCCAUCUUGGUCUCUUGUACAUUGAACAUGGAUGGAUUUAGGUGGAUCUUACAGCUUUCACCCAAAGAAAGGAAUUUUACUGACUUUUACUGACCCGUGUUGUAGUCUUCAGACAGCGUUUUGCAAUUGCAUCGCGAGCCUAUUUUUGCAGUGGUCUCAUUUAGACUUGCUUUCAUUUAUGAUGCAUAGUUAACAGAGGACACCUUAAGGUUCCGCAAGUAUAAUGGAGCAGACAAUAAAAAAUGUAUUUUAUAGUGAAUUUAUUUCUUAAAAUACAUGAAUG